GAACAAUCUUGUUAGGAUGGUGAAUGCUCUAUCUAUUUCUUAAAACAACUACAAAUGUCCGGCUGCUUCUCUUUAGAAGUCAUUGCUCUUGUAUUUGUCUGCUCACAAACAUUUGAAAGAUGCUUAAAUUACUUUUAAUUGUUAGGCUGGCUUUACUGAUCAGCAGAUCAAUACCAACAGAAACCACUACUCUACCCACAACCACUGCUACCACACCAGAAACCACCACUCUGACCACACCGGAAACCACAACUCUACCCAUAGCCACUGCUACCACAUCGGAAAGCACCACUCUGACCACACCAGAAACCACAACGCUAACAACAAUAACCACUGCUACCACACCAGAAAACACCACUCUGGUCACAACAGAAAGCACCACAACUGAAACCACCUCUUUGACCACACCAGAAACCACUACUCUGACAACACCGGAAACCACUACUCUACCCACAACCACUGCUACCACACCAGAAACCACCACUCUGGUCACAACGGAAAACACCACAACUGAAAGCACCACUUUGACCACACCAGAAACCACUACUCUGACAACACCGGAAACCACUACUCUACCCACAACCACUGCUACCACACCAGAAACCACCACUCUGACCACAACGGAAACCACCACUCUCACCACACCAGAAACCACUAGUCUGACGACAACAAUCACUGCAACCACACCCGAAACUACCACUUUGACCACACCAAAAACCACUACUCCGACCACACCGGAAACCACUACUCUACCCACAACCACUGCUACCACACCAGAAACCACCACUCUGGUCACAACGGAAAACACCACAACUGAAAGCACCACUUUGACCACACCAGAAACCACUACUCUGACAACACCGGAAACCACUACUCUACCCACAACCACUGCUACCACACCAGAAACCACCACUCUGGUCACAACGGAAAACACCACAACUGAAAGCACCACUUUGACCACACCAGAAACCACUACUCUGACAACACCGGAAACCACUACUCUACCCACAACCACUGCUACCACACCAGAAACCACCACUCUGGUCACAACGGAAAACACCACAACUGAAAGCACCACUUUGACCACACCAGAAACCACUACUCUGACAACACCGGAAACCACUACUCUACCCACAACCACUGCUACCACACCAGAAACCACCACUCUGACCACACCAGAAACCACUACUCUGACCACACCGGAAACCACCACUCUCACCACAACAGAAAGCACUACUCUGAUCACAACUACUCCUACGACACCAUUAACUACCACUUUGACCACACCGGAAACCACUACUCUCACAACAACCUCUGCUACCACACCCGAAUCCGCCACUCUGACCACGCCAGAAACCACUACUCUGACGACAACAACCACUGCUUCCACACCCAAAACCAUCACUUUAACCACACCAGAAACCACCACUCUGACCACACUGGAAAGCACUACUCUAACAACAACCACUCUUACCACACCAUUAACCACGACUGCUACCACACCAGAAACCACCAUUCCAAUAAUAAACCCUGCUUCCUCACUAGAAGCCACCACUGCUACCCCAGCCAAAACCAUCACUUCAAUCACAACCACUGCUACCACACCAGAAACCAUCACUUCUUCAUCAACUACUUCUACCACAUUCAAAACCACGACUUUACCACCAACCACUGCUACCACACCUGAAAGCACCACUUCACCAACUGCCACUCCUACCACAUUCAAAACCACAGCUCCACCACCAACCACUACAAUGGUUACUUCAACAACUCUUCCACCAACAACUACUCACCCAACAACCACUAAAAUAAAUAUUUCCACAACUGUUUCACCAACAAAUUCAACCACUCUACUACCAACCACAACAACAAUUUCUUCAACAGCUAUUCCUACAACAAUACUGACCGUUGCAACGAUUAUUUCAGCUACCAAUACUUCAAGAACUGCUCCAUCAAUAACUUUCCCAACCAAACCUACUUUAUCAAUGUUUCUACCAAAAACCACAGCAACAUCUCUAUCAACUACUGUCCUUCCAAAAACAAUUUCUAUUACUUCAGCAACAGCUACUUCAAAACUUACAACUGUCACACAAACAUCACCAAAUCAACCACCAAUUACUACAUCAACAACUAUUCCAGCAACAUUUACAAUUUCCCCACCAAACAUCAUUGCAACUACUGCAUAUAAAACCACUACAAAUAUUCAACAAUCACUAACAACCACUGCUCAUGCAAUUCUCAAAAUAAGAUUCUUGGAUAACUGGAGCCGUUCUCAAAUUAUUGAAUUUAUUAAAACGUACAUAGAAAAUCACUCUAAGGGGACCAUUAAGAUUACUGUCAAGGGACUUGAGUGAUGAACAUCUCAUCUAUUUCUGUUCACGCAGGGUCAUGGGAGGACUGGAAUCUAUCAUAGCAACUUAGCCCACUGGCGGAAUACACAGCGAAUGGAGGCCAAUUUAUUGCAGGGCUCUUUCUCCUAUCUCCAUAUAUUAUUCCUAACACUAGAAUGGUAGACCUCUAAUGCCCCCUAAUCUAACGAAAACUCUUAGAUGUGUAUUAUAAUACUCUUGCAGAUUUCAAUGACAAAAUAAAUGAUAAUUAUUCAAUGAAAGAGUUUUCAACACUUUUGUCAUUGAUUUCUAACUAACAUUAAAUAAAUUAUGAGCUCAGCUGAAUGUAAAUGAUUAUUUAAAAACCGUUUAUAAAACAUUGCGUAAAUAACAUUAUAAAUAUUGUAACAUUUGCAUUUAUGUACAGUAGGUAACUGAAUCAAUAUUUACUCCUUUUAG